GAAAAAAUGUAGUUAUUUAUUGAAAUUUUUGAAUUAUUUGUGGAAAUUCCGACAUUUUUUAUUGCUCGAAAAUCAAUUAUUUAUGGGAAAUUUUGAUUUAUUUAUGCUCUAUUUGAUUUGUUUAUGGAAAUUUUAUAGUUUAUUAUUGCUCCCACCCUUACUUCUUUAUUGGCAAUUUCUGAUUUUGGUAUGGAAAAUGAUGAGUUUUCUAUGAGUCGUUUAUAUUUUAGCCGUUGGUUGAAUCACUUCUGUAUGUGUGGUUCUGUGGUGUUUAAAAGGCCGUUUUGACUAAAAAGCAAACUCACUAUUUUGUCAUUCAUCCAACGUGGCGGCGCAAUGUUGAUCGAAAACUGCCCAAUCAUCAACGUCAACGUCAAAGUGUGGCUCUUCUGGGCCUAUCUCCGGAAGCCCAAGUGGUACAGCUACCUGCUGGGAUGCGUUCCGGUGACGGUGCUCAACGUGUUCCAAUUUAUGAACCUUUUCAACGUGAUUGCGUCUGGCAGUGGCGAUAUGAACAAGAUUAUCAUCGACGGGUACUUUACGGUGCUCUACUUCAAUUUGGUGCUUCGGACGUCGUUCCUAAUGGGAAACCGAGGCAAGUUCGAAACGUUCCUGGAGGGAAUCGCCGAUGAGUACGCCGUAUUGGAGAAGCAAAACGACAUCCGCCCACUAAUGGAGCAGUUGACCCGCCGGGCAAGGAUUCUGUCCAAGUCGAACCUCUGGUUGGGAGCGUUCAUCAGCGCUUGCUUCGUGACCUAUCCUCUGUUCUCGCCGGACAAUGGCCUUCCGUAUGGAGUCUACAUUCCCGGGGUCGACGUCCACGCGUCGCCAAUUUACGAAAUUGUGUUCGUGCUGCAAAUUUAUCUCACCUUUCCGGCAUGCUGCAUGUACAUCCCGUUCUCCAGCUUCUACUGCACCUGUGCCCUGUUUGGGUUGAUUCGAAUCGCUGCGCUGAAGAGGUCCCUGGAGAAAAUUCACGAGUUCAAUACUUCCCCGCGGUCGCUAUUUGCGAGGAUAAAAGAGUGUCUCCAAUAUCACGAGGACAUAAUCAAAUAUGUGAGUGACCUUAACGAACUAGUAACCUACAUAUUCCUACUGGAGUUGCUUUCGUUUGGGAUGAUGCUGUGUGCACUGCUCUUCCUGUUGAGCAUCAGCAAUCAACUGGCCCAGAUGGUAAUGAUUGGUUCGUACAUCUUCAUGAUAUUGUCGCAAAUGUACGCCCUCUAUUGGCACUCCAACGAGGUACGAGAGCAGAGCCUGGAAGUUGGAGACUCGCUGUACUACAACAGUGCUUGGCUCGAUUUCGACCAGUCUGUCAAGAAGAAGAUUAUUCUGAUACUUGCUCGAGCCCAGCGGCCAUUAGCGGUAAUAUGUAUCAUACGAUAUGAAAGGUUGCUAAUUGACCGGUUUCUUCUCUUGCAGAUAAAAAUCGGAAACGUCUACCCCAUGACACUGGAAAUGUUUCAGUCGUUGUUGAAUGCAUCGUACUCUUAUUUUACAUUGCUUCGGAGAGUUUAUAAUUAACUAAAUAUAUUGCGCAACUAAUUUGCCAUCCAAAGUUCAAAAGGAGAUGACACGUCAACAAAGAUAAACUUUUGCCACAACUCUCAAACACGACCACAAACUCUAUCGACAUCGAAAGGAAGGUCAGUUGUUUCUCCAACAGCAACUUUUCCACUGGCACUAUUGGGGCAGAUAUUUAUCAUCUACGCAAAACUUUACAGCACACCCGAACGAUAACAGAUUUUGGCAGAUGUUGCCCGUUGUCUCUGUUUGCUGUUUGAUUUGCUGAAGUGCAGUGCUCUCGAUAACUUUUGCUGUCACCACUACUGCUUCCAGUUUUUUUAUUGUUUGCUAGAGCCGGGUGUCUGGGACAUAAAAUCGAUAAUCAAAGAAAGAGGAACGUUUUGGAGUACAUUCAAGCCUCCGUUUAAGUAGAAUCCAUUUAAGCAAAACAAAUUGAAUGGAAAUUGAUUGUAUUCACAGCAAAACAAUUGUGCAAAGGUUACGGUAUCUAAAAUAUUUGUACUUCAAAAAAGAUCACUAAGCCGAAUAGGUCAUUAGGUCGAUUAGGUCGAAUUGGACGGAAAGGUCAUUAGGCCAAAUAAAAAUCAUUCGGCCGAAUAGAUCAUUAGACCGCAAAGGUCAUAAAACCGAAUGGGUCAUUA